AUGUUCUCGGGGACUAGGCGCUGGUUGCGCCAAAAUAGGACGCCUGUCGCCAUUGGCGUGGGCGUCCUGGGGGCCGGAUACCUGGCGACGCAGUAUGUCCUUACCAAGAUUAAUGAUGCGCGCGAGCGCAUGAGUAGCGAUCGCAUCGCCAAGGAGAAUCUGCGACGUCGCUUCGAACAGAAUCAAGAAGAUUGCACUUUCACCGUCCUGGCCCUUCUACCUACCGCUACGACCAAUAUCCUCGAGGCUAUGAAUACCGAGCAGAUCACCUACGAGAUUCAGCAGAUGAAGGUUUCCAAAGGCAUAAGGAGCGGAGAUUCGGUGGUCAGUCCGCCUAGUAUUGCGGACACGUCGCUCACUGAAGAGGAGGGCAAGAGCAUGGUCAGUCUCCAGAGCGAGAGCGGCAUACACGCCAGCCAGAUUGCCAUGCCGUCACCUCUAGCUGCUAGCGGGAGUAGUGCCGGCCAGCAGCAGGACAGAGGAGCUACGCCGCCGAAGCAGAAGCCUUCCAAGUCUAAGAGGCAGCUGUGGGAUGAUCUCACCAUCAGCGCCGUGACGAGAUCAUUCACCCUGAUAUACACGCUCAGCCUGCUUACGAUGCUAACCCGCGUGCAACUCAACCUCCUCGGUCGACGGAGCUACCUGUCCAGCGUGGUGGCGCUAGCGACGAGCUCCCAGCAGGCCACCAUCAGCCUGGAGGACCACGACGACGACAACGCCGACCAGGCGGCCUACGGCAGCGACUUUGACACAAACCGCAAGUACCUGGCCUUUAGCUGGUGGCUGCUGAACCAGGGGUGGGUCGAUGUCGCGGGCAAGGUCGAGGGCGCCGUCCGCGCCGUUUUUGGUAGCCUCAGCCCACGCGACCUCAUCAGCUUCGACCGUUUCUCUGAGCUGACCAUGGAGGUGCGCAAGCUUGUCGAGGGGGGUACACCCGAAGAGCGUCGGUCCACAGACUGGCUGGCCUUCCUUUUGCCGCCGCGGGAUCAGGAGUCCGACGUCAUUCGCCAAUCGGGUAUCCUCGAGGACAACUCCUCUCCCUCCCCAUCUUCUCCCCCCCUGAGGCACCUCCUUGACGAGACGGCCGACCUCAUCGAGUCCCCGUCCUUCUCUCACAUCCUCACCCUCCUCCUCGAUACUGGCUUCUCCUCCCUAGUCGACACCAAGCUCGCCUCCGAGGCGUUCGAUCUCCCCAACAAGGGUAACAGCUCCGUGUCCCCCGCGGCAGCGGCAGUCACCGGCCUCUUCAUCCCAGAAGACCCCACUGCUGUCCUCAAGCGGACCAAGCUCGUGCUCCUCCCCAAGAUUCUCUCCGUCCUCACCCGCCAGGCCCAUGUCAUCGGCAACGGUAUGCCAAACGAGUACCUGCGCGACAUGGAGUCCGUCCGCGAGCUAGAGGCCUUUGCCGCCGUCGUCUACUCAAGCAACUGGGAGAAUGAGGUCAGGGACGAAGGUCACCUCAUGGACAGCGCUAUCCAUGUCGACAUACCUGACUCAUCAACUCACGACGAACCUCCCAUUGCUGCUGCCACUAUCGAGGAUAACACAGCUCCUACGCCUCAAGUCUUGCACCAGGAGCAGGAGCAGGAGCAGCAGAGCGGACUGGAGAGAGCGUGGGAAAGGGCAUUGGAUAAGGGGUUGUGA